AUGGCAGAAACCCAACGACCGCAGCUGCCUCAGAUCAAAACCGUGAAUGCGCAGUUGCCCACCAGCUUCCUGGAGAUCCUUGUGACCAUGCCCCGCACAACGACCAAGGAGAGCUUGCGAGCCGAACUUCUCAUGGCUGGCGAGGAUGUGCCGACUCGCUGGACGAAGAUGGACAUGGAACAACGACUCCGAGAACUACGCGAACAGGGGCUGGCGGAUUCGGAAGAGACCAGCAGCCUCACAACAAUGGAGCAGUGGAACAAGGACCUCAGGAAGGCCGCACGCAAGAAGGCUACGCUCGUGGAGUUUUGCCGCAACAAGCUGGGCUUCGAGACGACCGGGAACGAGGUGAUGGCGACCCUGGAGAGCAGGGCCCUCAAGAUCAUCAUGGCGAAGGCGCCAGCCGAGCCCGGGGACUAUGUCGGGUUCGGGAAGCACGCCAAGGAGCGCUAUCAGACGAUACUGGCACAGUACCCGGACUACGCGCAGUGGGUUGUGACGAUGUACCAGGAGUCCGGAGAGGAUGGCGUGGACAUCCGACUUGCGAGAUUGGCCAAGUGGCUACUGGGACAAAAGAGUGGCCCCCUCAAGGAGCCCAAGGAGCCGCCGAACACCCAGGGCUACAUGAUGACCAACAAGGGCACCGAGAAGACAAGCUACAGCGGCGGAAGGUCCAGUUCAGCAGCUCGAGGAAGCCGAGAUGCACCGGAGGAUGUGGACAAGAAUGCCAGGGAGCGAGACCGCCAGAUGGCAGCAAUGGCCGAGACAUUGGCCCUGCUUCGUGCCGAGGUGGCGGAGAUGAAGUCCGAGAGGCCGCGCAAGACCGUGGCCAAAGCCGAGGACGAGGGCAUGACCGACUCCUCCUUCAAUCUGAUCUCCGAUGGGGAACCCAGUGCGAAGACUUCUCCGAAGUGA